CCCAACUUGACGUCUUUCACGAAUCACCAUGCUGUCCCCAAUGCUUCCCCUUGUUCAAUAGCAACGCAGGCUCCAGCUUACAAAGAGCCUGCGUUGUGUUUAGAGACUAACAUCGUUUUUUUUCAACGAACAUAGACAUAUAGAAAUUUUUCGCUAUCGGGACCAUCUUCUCUGGGAUCAUAGGGCGACUCGAAUAUAGAUCUCACUGUGCACAUAGACUCGGUGUACCAAUACCCCUACUAGACUGUCUAUCAAGGUUUCGUUAAUCGGGCGACAUCAUUAUAAUCAACAUCGUAUCCAACUUAUACCAUAUAUCCUAUCCAGACGAACCGGAACAAAUCAUGACCUGCUUCCGUGCUCCGACUUCCUUUCUUCCACCACUCUCUAUACUUUCCACCCACACCACCGCCUCCAUGCAAGAUGCUUUGCAAGACUUGAAAGAUCUUUAUUUCCCCGCCGCAGCGCCUCCUCCGAAGAGGACGGGGUCAAUAAAUGCUGUACCUGCACUGAAGCAGGACAUAUCUGAUACGGUACACGUACCUCGCCCAAAGCGGACGGGACGUUUGAAUCAUAGCGAUGGCGUCCCGGAUUCCGGUUAUGCCUCCGAAGAAGACGAGGCAGAAAUGGAAGAAGAUUUAGAAAGCGAAGCUGAAGGCUUGGACCCCGACGUCCUGCGUUCCGACGAGCUCGAACGAAAUUUUGCUAUCAGAUGGCUUACAGGCCUCAUAAAGCGAUCCGAUAUAUGGGUAUAUGCACUCGAUAGCGCUCCAGAACAGGAAGAGCACAUACGUCUAGCUGUUAUAGAAGAAGCGAGCAAGCUUCUUGCACGUUUUUCCUGCGACGAUGAGCAGCAAGAGGAUGCUCUCACGCGACAAUUUAUGUUUCCUUUUGGUGCCGGUGGCAAGCCUAUCACCAUCGAGCUGAAUGAUGCUCCGCUUACGGUCACUGAUCAUACUUCCGUUGGUCUGCAAAGUUGGGCAAGCGCUAUCAUUUUCGCUGAACGCAUUUGUGCGAAUCCUGCUCGAUAUAUGAGCAUCUCACAAGGGGCUGCCCCCUUGCGCAUUCUUGAGCUAGGUGCAGGCACGGGACUUCUCAGUAUCGCUACCGCACGACUUCUAGAUCGCAUGGGAGUUGAUGCCACAAUUAUGGCGACAGACUAUCACUCUGCAGUCCUCCAUAACUUGCUGCAGAAUGUGAAGACAAAUAAUGUCUCCGUUCAAAUCGAGUCACUGGACUGGUCCAGGCCACCUCCACUCGAGCCCUACGAUGUUAUCCUUGGUGCAGACGUGGUGUAUCACCCUGAGCAUGCCAAGUGGAUCAAAGAUUGCGUGGAGAAAGCGUUGAAGAAGGGAGGGGUGUUUUGGUUGAUUAUUGCGAUGCGUUCGUCGGGGAGGCACGAAGGCUUGUGGGAAACUGUGGAUGAUGUGUUUCCAGACGGGGGGUGUGAAGGAUGUGGUGGGGAGAUGAAGCUGGCGGUGUUGCAGAAGGAGGAUGUGGGGCGUCGCGAGGGAAUUGGUCGUGCAGAUGAGGUUGGGUACAGGUUAUUUGAGAUACGUUGGCUCCCCUGUCGCUAUUGCUGUUAACAUUACAGGGCGGAACAUCUAUAGGCACAUACCACUAAGUACUAACUACAAUUUUUUCCACAUACUAUCUAACACUGAUUCGCCGAA